AUGGAGGAAGGAUGGAGUAAGGAUGGAGUAUUGAUGAAAUCUUCUGAAUUGAGGCCUGUACAAGGGCUGGUAAACUCGGUAAACUCCAUGGAGGAGGAAAGUCAGCUGCCCGAGGAUGGAGUAAUGACCAGCCCGGCCAGGCAGGUUAACUUAAGUGUGACUGUCCCUCGAAUUGAUGGAUUGGUUUCUUCUGUUAGUGUUGGCCAAUAUCUAAAUAAAGCAGAGGAUUUCCCAGAUGGCAAGUUUGGAAUUCACAAGUCUCAAUCUAUAAAUCAUCUGACCAGUAUAAAUGAAACUGACCGCCUAUACAGGAAUAAGGAAAAAAGAAAAAAAGCUGCUCGUCUGUCCCGUGGAUUUCUUGAAUUUAUCAGUUUGGUUGAUCUUGCCAAACCAGUAGAAAAGGAGGAGAAAAAGAGGAGUACUAAAGAUCAAAGUACGCCCAACCUGGAGGUGGUUACUGAACCUGCUGAGUCCUCAUCUAAUAUUUCAGAUGAAUCACCAGUUAUAAGACAAAGACGACCGGUGGAGCGAAGGGAGAGAAGAACAACGGUUGGUACAGAAGCUGGACUUCUCGGCCUUCAUCACUCCUUAUCUACGAAAACAGGUAAGUUAAGAGAGGCGACAAGUCCAUCUAUAAAUAUUAAUAUUAGUAGAAGGAAGACGACAACUCCAUCUAUAAAUGGCGACUUUUCUAUGAGCACACCUUCUCUAACCCUAGCGGGGAAGACUGAUAUCCCUCCACGUUCAAGACCGCAAACAUCAAAAAGAGAAGCACCUGUAGUGCCAAGGGUGCAAGCCCCCCCUCUGCCUCAAUGGAAGUCUGUGCUGGAUACACGGAUACAGAUGGAUGUGGAUACAAUGUUUCAGAAUAUUAUGACCGACAGCGACCUCUAUAGAGCUUGGAUUAACUGUGAGCUUUGA